AUGUCGUCCUCCCUGAGCGAGCCACAUGAAGACCUUGUCAAUGCCAAUUGUAACAUCUUCAAGUACAUCCUCCACAGCAAAGUCCACCCCGAAGACGGUCACGACGACUCCGAUGAUGAGCUCUGCUACGAUCCUGCCAGAACUAAGAAUGGUCGCACCUCCAUCACCCGCGGACGCGCCUUCACCCUCCCAUGCUCCAACUCUCGCGCUAUUUUCAUCAUCCCACUCCUGAUGGCUAUGCUCGAAGAGCUCGAUGACUUUUUCAAUGUCAAUCACCCCGAGUUGGGAAAAUUUGACGAGGAGAAUAGGAUCCGCCUCCGACAGCUGCUCAAGACACCAUCCGACAAGAUCUGGGAGCUGGUCUUAAUUUGGAAAGGCUGGGCUGAGACUGGUGAGGUCAAGCUUGGUCGAUGCCCAUUACCACGAGAGCUCUUGAAGAAGUUCAUCAGAGUUCUGGAGAUGUCACUUAAAUUCUUCAAGAUUGUGAACGCGCAUGAGGUUGAUGAGAAGAGAUUCCCUACUCAGCAGGAGUGUGAGAUGUGGGACAAGGGCCUGCAUCCGGAGCAGAUUGCUGACAAAAAGGAUAAGGAGUUGAAGGAGUAUUGGUCCCCCCUUGGAGGCCAUAUUCAUGAGUACUAUGAGAAGAAGGGUCUUUGA